AUGGAGCAACAGUCCAACAGGGCGCAUCGCCCUGCGAAGGAGAAGAAGAAAUUUGAUGAGUCCCUACUAAUCCAAGGUUUUUGCAUAGGUGCCAACCCUAAGGCCUUCGUCACUUCUCGGCCUGGAAAGCUCAACAAACAGGCUGCACGAUCCCACGAUGUCAAAGAAAAGAGACUCCAUGUCCCUCUCGUGGAUCGCAUGCCCGAAGAGGCCCCGCCAGUUGUUGUCGCAAUUGUCGGACCCCCCGGAGUCGGCAAGACAACUCUUCUCAAGUCUCUGAUCCGUCGCUACACCAAGCAAACCCUCAGCUCGCCCCAAGGUCCAUUGACCGUUGUCACCACCAAGCGCAAGCGUCUCACCUUCCUCGAAUGUCCGUCCGACUCUCUCGCGGCCGCGAUCGACGUUUCCAAGAUCGCAGAUAUCGUGCUCCUCAUGAUUGACGGAAACUUUGGAUUCGAAAUGGAGACUAUGGAGUUUUUGAACGCCUUGUCGACGGCCGGUAUGCCUGGUAAUGUCUUCGGUAUUCUGACACAUCUUGAUCAGUUCAAGAAGCAGAGCACUUUGAAGGAUGCCAAGAAGCGCCUCAAGCACCGAUUUUGGAGUGAGCUUUACUCUGGCGCAAAGCUUUUCUAUCUGUCUGGUGUCAUCAACGGUCGGUACCCCGAUCGCGAAGUCCACAAUCUUUCCAGAUUCUUGUCUGUCAUGAAGAACCCCCGUCCACUAGUGUGGCGUAACUCCCACCCAUACUCCCUUGCAGAUCGCUUCUUGGACAUUACGCCACCUACCAAAAUCGAGGAGAACCCGAAAUGUGAUCGUACCGUUGCGCUCUACGGUUACUUGCGUGGUACCAACUUCCCCGCCCACGGUGCGCGAGUCCAUGUUCCCGGUGUUGGUGAUCUGACCGUUGCCGGCAUUGAGGGCUUGCCCGAUCCAUGCCCCACUCCUUUCAUGGACCAGCAGGUUCAAAAGGCGACCGGCAAGUCUAGGGCCCGCAAACUGGGCGAGAAGCAAAAGCUGCUUUUCGCUCCGAUGUCUGAUGUUGGUGGUGUCCUGGUCGACAAGGAUGCAGUGUACAUCGAUAUCAAGACCAAUACCUUUGACCGGGAUUCUGAUGAAGACUCCGGUGAUGAGGAGCGCCGCGGUCUUGGCGAGCACCUUGUUGUUGGUCUUCAGGGUGAUCGCAAGAUGCUUGGUGAGGCUGAUCAGGGUGUUCGUCUCUUCCGAGGAGGUGAGGCGAUCGCUCAGGCAGAUGACGAUGAGACAGGCCGAAAGGGCCAACGCCGCGCCCGCGUCGCUGAACUUGAGCAGAAUGACGAGGAUGUCCCAGAGGGUUCCGACAGUGAGGAAGAAGCCGAUGAGGACAUGGACGAGGAUGAUGUAACCGACGAUGAAGGCGAAAUCGACAUGUCCGCACCUGCAGACUUCGAGAGCCGCUUCAAGGCCAAACAGAACGGCAACGAUGGAGAGGAAGAAGAUAUGGCGUUUGCCGACAGCGAUUCCGAUCUAGGUUCCAUUUCAUCCGUCUCAGACCAAGAACUUGAGAGCGGCGAUGAAGACGAAGAAGAAGACGAGGAGGAAGAUGAUGAUGAAAUUGAGAGCGAGGAUGAGGAGGGCAAUGUUCGUUGGAAAGACAACAUGCUCGCCAAUGCCAAAGCUCUUCAUGGGAAACGCCCGCCUUGGCGAGUCACCGAUCUCUCAAGAAUGAUGUACGAUGAAUCAAUCACUCCAGUCGAUGUUGUGAAGACAUGGCGCGGCGAUGAUUCCGACAAUGAUUCGGACGAUGAAGAAGAAAACGCCGAUGACGAAGGCGAGGACUUCUUCAAGAAGACAAACAACGAGAAGAAAGACCAAGCCGACUUCCGCGCCGUUCCAGAGUAUGAUUAUGAUGAAUUGGAGCGCAAAUGGCGGGACGAGGAGUUGCUCGAAUCGCUCAGACGUCGCUUUAUUACUUCGAAGCUGUCCGGUGGUGGUGGCUCAGACGACGAGGAUGACGAUAUGGAUGAGGAUGAAGAGGAUGAGGGUGAUGGUGACUACGAAGAUUUGGAGUCCGGUGAGGUCUUUAACGGCAUCAAGGAAGAUGGCGAAGAAGAUGAUGAAGAGGAGGGCGAUAAUGAGUCCAAAGAGACUCCUGACCUGGAAGCCGAGCGUGAGCGAAAUGCCAAGAAGAAGGAAGAGCUCAAGCUUCGUUUCGAGGAGGAAGAUCGCGAGGGUUUCGGAAACGCCCAGGACGGCGACCGUGACAACCUCGAAGGCCAAUUCGGAGAAGACGACUGGUAUGAUCUACAGAAGGCGAAGCUGCAAAAACAGGCCGACAUCAACCGCGCCGAAUUCGACAACCUCGAUCCUGCCUCACGCGCCCGCGCCGAGGGCUACAAAGCUGGUACAUAUGCACGAAUUGUCCUUGAGAACGUUCCUUACGAGUUCGUUUCCAAGUUCAACCCUCGUUUCCCUGUCAUCGUUGGUGGUCUCUCUCCCACCGAAGACCGCUUCGGAUAUGUGCGCAUCCGCAUCAAGAGACACCGCUGGCACAAGAAGAUUCUCAAGACUAACGACCCGUUGAUCUUCUCGCUUGGUUGGCGCCGCUUCCAGACGAUGCCCAUUUACAGCACCUCCGACAGUCGGACGAGAAACCGCAUGCUCAAGUACACACCUGAGCACAUGCACUGUUUCGCUACCUUCUACGGACCCCUUGUCGCUCCCAACACUGGUUUCUGUUGUGUGAACUCGUUCUCAAACAAGAACCCCGGAUUCCGUAUUGCCGCAACUGGUGUUGUUGAGAGCGUCGAUGAACACACCGAAAUCGUCAAGAAGCUCAAGCUUACUGGUCAGCCUUACAAGAUCUUCAAGAACACGGCUUUCAUCAAGGAUAUGUUCAACUCUUCCCUCGAAAUUGCCAAGUUCGAGGGUGCAUCCAUCAAGACAGUCUCUGGUAUUCGUGGUCAGAUCAAGCGUGCACUCUCCAAACCCGAUGGCUGCUUCCGUGCUACCUUCGAGGACAAGAUCCUGAUGAGUGAUAUUGUCUUCUUGCGCGCGUGGUACCCCAUCAAGCCCCACCGCUUCUACAACCCCGUGACGAACUUGCUGGAUCAGGUCGAGGGCGAAAAGGGUGAUGCUGGAUGGCAAGGCAUGCGCUUGACUGGUGAAGUCCGUCAUGCUCAAGGAAUUGCCACCCCCCAACUCAAGGACUCGACCUACAAGCCCAUCGAGCGACAGGAACGCCACUUCAACCCGCUCCGCGUGCCAAGACAGCUUGCCGCGGAACUUCCCUUCAAGUCCCAAAUCACCAAGAUGAAGGCUCGCAAGGACCAGACAUACAUGCAGAAGCGUGCUGUGGUGCUCGGAGGCGAGGAGAAGAAGGCCCGCGAUCUCAUGCAGAAGCUCACUACUAUGCGCAACGAGAAGCAGGCCAAGCGCUCUGCUAAGCAGGAAGAACGCCGCAAGGUCUACCGCGCUAAGGUCGCUGAUAGUCUGGAGAAGAAGGCUGAGCGCGAGAAGAGAGAGCGGAACGAUUACUGGCGCAAGGAGGGCAAGAAGCGCAAGAAUCCGGAUGAGGAGUCUGGUGGUCGUGGUCGCGGCAAAAAGCGCAAGUGA